AUGGCCAUUUUCUCGACCGAUAAUCCCUGGGCUUUUGCUUUUGGCCUCCUAGGUAAUCUCAUAUCUUUCAUGGUCUUUUUGGCCCCAGUACCAACAUUUUAUGGGGUAUGCAAGAGGAAGUCUACCGAAGGGUUUCAAUCAGUUCCGUACGUGGUUUCUUUGCUCAGCGCCAUGCUCUGGCUAUACUACGCCUCCAUCAACUCUGAAUCCAAUGAUUUCCUUCUCGUCACUGUCAACUCAGUGGGAUGUGUCAUAGAGACCAUCUACGUUGCUCUCUACCUUGCUUAUGCUCCUAAAAAAGCUAAGAUUUUUACAGCGAAGCUGAUGGUGAUGGGCUUUGGAGGGUUUUGUUCCUUUAUUCUCUUGUCCCGCUUCUUAACAGAGGGAUCAACCAGGGUCCAACUUCUUGGGUGGCUUUGUGUUGGAUUCUCCGUCAUCGUUUUUGCAGCUCCUUUAAGUGUUAUGAGAAUGGUGAUACGAACCAAAAGCGUAGAGUUCAUGCCCUUCUCUCUCUCAUUUUUCCUCACUCUUAGUGCUGUAACUUGGCUCCUCUACGGUAUAUUCCUCAAGGACAUCCACAUUGCGGUUCCAAACGUAUUGGGGUUUAUCCUUGGCGUGCUUCAGAUGGGACUGUAUUUGAUAUACAGGAAGAGGAAUAUAAUGGUUUUGGAAAAACCCGAUUAUUUAGGUGGUGCAAAGCCGAUUGCCAAUACUCAAAGUUGCAGUAUCGCCUCUAACGACAACGUCAUCCAUGUUGAUGAGGUCAAAGAGAGGAAAGAGGAUGUACACGAGGGUGAGAAAAGCUCUGAAGCUUCUGACAAUGAACAAGUGGCGAAUAGUUCAUGUGAAGUUUGA